AUGCAGCGAUCCUUCUUCCAACGUUCCACUACUGUCUUCUCGAGUAUCCGUGGGCUCGCAACAGCGUCCCAUCCCAACCCAGGCAACUUUGCCAAUCGCCCUAGAGCCGAGCUCUCCCGGAUUGGACGUAAAGGAGGCCGGAAGGGAGGAAAGGCAAAAGGUGUAGGGGGAUUUCACGAUAUGGAUCCCGAGAAACAGCAUGAAAUUGCUUCACGAGGAGGUCGUGCAGCCAGAAAGGUUGAGAAGGCGAGGGGAGAACACGACAGGUAUCAUCCUCAUGGUCCUACCUCGCUGCCACCAGAGUUUGACAGGGGAUGGGUUGUAUGA